CUCAUGAUUCUAUGACUUUCAACAUGUCGCCAUUGAAAGCGCAUUUAGCGGAGCAACAUCUCAAUGACCGUCGCAAUACUUGGCUCCUCGGUGAUGCUGGAUACGCUCUAAAACCAUAUUUAAUGACGGCGUUCAGAAACUCUGAGGAAGGGUCUCCAAAAAGGACAUCCAACAAACAACAUGCUAAAGCGAGAAGUAUCAUUGAGAAAACAAUUGGAGUCUUGAAAAACCGGUUUAGAUGUUUGUUGCAGGCAAGAGCUCUCCACUAUUCUCCAAAAAAAGCAACACAAAUUAUUAAUGUGUGUCCAGCUUUGUACAACAGUUGUCUGCUUUGCAAUGUUAAACUUCCGUGA